AUGAUAGAGUACAGUAAUUUAGAACUGUCGGUACAUGAUGUGACCUUCGAGUCCGCCGACGCCGGCGCCUCGCUCACCUUUCCCAUGCAGUGCUCUGCUCUGCGCAAGAACGGCCACGUUGUCAUCAAGAACCGCCCUUGCAAGAUUGUCGACAUGUCUACCUCCAAGACUGGCAAGCACGGUCACGCCAAGGUUCACCUGGUCGCCAUCGAUAUCUUCACCGGCAAGAAGCUCGAGGAUCUCUCUCCCUCGACUCACAACAUGGACGUCCCCAACGUCUCCCGCCGCGAGUACCAGCUUCUCGACAUCGACGACGGCUUUCUCAGCCUCAUGAAUGAUGACGGUGACACCAAAGACGAUGUCAAGCUCCCCGACAACGAGGUCGGUGCCAGGAUCCAGCAGAUGUUCAGUGACGGCAAGGACGUUAACGUCAUCAUCCUUACCGCCAUGGGCGAGCAGGUCGCCGUGGACUGCAAGGAGGCCCCCCGUGGUGGCGACUAA